CUGAUUAUACUGAGGGUGGGUGGUUUGGUGGGGGAAGGUGUGGGUCCUCAGAUUAAGAGAGAGGGAGGAGGUGAUGAGGGCAAGUCGAUUUGGGGUUGGGGGAAGAGGACAGAAUCAACACAUGGAGAUAGAGCAGACCCAGUUCUUCCCCUAACCCCCUAAGCUGUCCUAUCAAUGCCCUCUGCUAGCAGACCACCAGAUUGCUAAGUAAUAUCAUAUAGCAGGGAGCAGAAACCAUCACUAGAUCUGAAAUGAGAGAACUACCCAGAGCAGCAUAGUGUGGGCCUUGAAGGCAUGUGCUGGCUUAGAGGAAUGUGGGUUUUGAAGGCAUGUAUACUGGCUUCGACUCCUGGUUCUGCUACUUGCUAUAGCUGUGAUCAUGGCAGCUUCCUGGGCCUCAGUUUUCUUAUCUUGGAAAUAGAAAUAAUAAUUAGUUUGUAGAGUUAAGUAAUGUACUUUACAUGACUGUUGGGAAUCCAUAAGGGAAACUUUGGGGUACAAAAGCUUGGGUCUUACACCAGUAUCCCUUUUAGCUUUCUGUAGAACCACAUGGCCCAGAGAGGCCUGGUGUUCUACGAAAUUAAGCAAAGUAAAUUAGCAACUCUGGUUGUACUUAGCUAGUGAUUAAAUAACAGUUUAGUUAAUAGGCUGUUAAUGGUCCCCAGGUGUUAGUAAUUCUGGGUAUUUGCUUUUGAGAGCAGUUGUAUAAUUUCUUCUAGUACUUAGAUUUUUCUUUAACAGAAAAAUUGAAGUGUAACGGAUGAUGCUCUCAAGAGCGAUUUAGGGGAAGAUGAAAUGAUGUGCUGCACCUAAGCUGUUUGGUCUAACUACAGCCUAAGCUACAGUAGGAAUCCUGUAAAACUCAGCUGCUCCUAGUGGGGCUCAACUGACCGCCUUUAAGACAGAACUCUUUGCAAAGUUUGACACCCCACCCCAUCCCUUUCCAUCACCUCCUGACGGCAGCCAGUGGUCCUGCACACAUUUCCAGGAAGACUUCUCAAAUCUCUUGGCAAUUAACUUCAGUUCUACCAAGUGUCACAGAGACCGAACCCCAGAGUGUGGUUUGUUUGCAUGAGAGCCGAGAUAAUAGAACAUUAAGCAACAAAGGGACUUUUUCUUGCCUCCGUAGCAGGCAUAGAAUACACUGUUAGCAACAAGAGCAGAGGAAGUGGACACACAGAAUCCGGCAUGCUGUACAUGGGAUGCUAGCCAACGACCGGGAGAAACAGAGUGGAAAAUGCAAAACAACGAAAUUAUUAAACCUGCCAAGUACUUCUCAGAGCUGGAGAAGAGCAUCUUGCUUGCCUUAGUAGAGAAGUACAAGUAUGUGCUGGAAUGCAAGAAGAGCGAUGCACGGACUAUUGCCCUCAAGCAGAGGACCUGGCAGGCCUUGGCCCACGAGUACAACUCGCAGCCCAGCGUGUCGCUGCGGGACUUCAAACAGCUGAAGAAGUGUUGGGAGAACAUCAAGGCUCGGACCAAAAAAAUUAUGGCCCACGAGAGGAGGGAGAAAGUGAAGCGCAGCGGAAGCCCGCUGCUGAGCAGCCACGUUCUGGACAAGGAGAAGAUCAGCAGCAUGCUGCCGGAGCAGCUCUACUUCCUUCAGAGCCCUCCUGAGGAGGAGCCCGAAUACCACCAGGAUGCGGCUGCCCAAGAGUCCUUUGCUGUUUCAAAUCGAGAACUGUGCGACGAUGAGAAAGAGUUUGGCCAUUUUCCAGUCUGUGAGGGGACCUCACAAUCUGAACCUUCGUGUUCAGCCGUCAGAAUAACAGCCAAUAAAAACUACAGGAGCAAAACCCCUCAGGAAGGUGCUUUAAAAAAGAUGCAUGAGGAAGAGCACCACCAACAGAUGUCCAUCUUACAGUUGCAGCUGAUCCAAAUGAAUGAGGUGCACGUGGCCAAGAUCCAGCAGAUAGAACGGGAGUGUGAGAUGGCAGAGGAGGAGCACAGGAUCAAAAUGGAAGUCCUCAAUAAAAAGAAGAUGUACUGGGAGAGGAAACUACAGACUUUUACCAAGGAGUGGCCCGUUUCCUCAUUUAACCGGCCCUUUCCCAAUUCACCCUAAGACUUGGGGAUGGCUCCCUUGUAGUUAAUCUGUGUUGGCAAGGCAGGUGUUGGUUAUGACCUUUGUGGUCCGUAGCCCGCAACAGACCUGCGACUAGGUGGAUUAGAGUGGUAGUAGUCACUUAUUUAAGGAUACAUUCAGGUAAACCGCUGCACCCGUCUACCCCCGAGGUGGCCGAGAAGCGUUCCGGUCUUCUAAAAGUCACCACUCUGCGUGCUAUAAUUCUGAAUGUAACGUUCUUAAUUAGAAUUCAUAGACGAACCAUGUGUGAGUGCUGUAUUUUUUUUUUUAAAGAAAUGCAAGAUAAAGGGGUGUGGCUGGUGAUUUUGACUUUAUCUUCUAGUGGGUUUUUGUUUGUUUUUCAGCUGAAUGGAGCUUUUACACCCAGGUGUGAAGCCCGCCCACUGUAUGGCCGGAUGCUUGGCUGUUUCCCCACCUUUGUAGUGCACUCUGAGUAUGGAUGUUUGAAGAGCCCAGCCUUUGGAAGGGUGUUUCCUCAGGUGGGGACAAACUACCUUUCAAGACUUUCCCCAGACAGGCUUUCCAACCGUGUCUUCAGCAGAGGCGGCUUCAGUAGAAGUAGGGACAUAACAACUUUGAGGGCUUAAUGUUCAUUUAGGUUCCUACAUCCUGUUUGUUUUAUUAAAAAUGUCUUAAAAUUUUAUAGUUACACUGUGUAUGUUUUUAAAGGUGCUGCCAUCCUGGCUUAGACCCCUCCCGACUUCUUCCUGCUGAGUGGAUGGUGGUCUUGACUUUAGUCUUUAACCCCUUGGGAGAGGCCCCGCCCUCGCUGUGCUCAUCCAGGUGUAAGCUAAUGAUAAUGCUGUAAUACUGGCGUUGCACCACCGAUCAGGGUUAGGAUUUACACCCAACUCUUACCCACAUGUUUGGAGAUAUGGAUGCAAAAAUGGGUGUUUUGAUCGAGCUGUGAUGCUUCUGCUGUAGCCUGUUGUUUUAAUUUUUUUUAAGAGUUGGAGGCCGUAGUAGCUAGAAGCAGCAGAGGGACUCUUAAGUGCCGAGGCAGAUGAGCAGUACAAUGAAAUUCUGUAUUGGGGCUGGGGGAGGAGUUCUAAGUGUGGAUCUGCUCAAAGGUGCUGUAUGAAUCUGGCAAACUCCCUACAACCUUGACCUGGUACCCUCACAGAAUGAGGGAGCUGAGCUAGACAUUCGGAGCCUGUUUCAGCUCUGUAGCCACAGCAUGGCUUGUGCUGCCCCCUGUGCACACUGCUGACAUCGUGGGAGCCUAGAGGGCAUGGGUCUGUCUCCACAGAGUUGUCUCCAGGAGUGGCUGAGCCUUGGAAUGUGGGUCCCAGGGCCUAUUAGGUUUUGUAUGGUUCACACAGACUCACAAUUUUGCGCACUGCAUAUAAUGUAAGCAGAUAUCAAUUUUGUACAUUAAAUCUAUUUUAAAUAUUUUAGAGGAAUUAGUCCAUUAUUUUAGAUAUAUCCUACAAUGAAAGACUAGAAGUAGAAUCCUUUCAUGAGGAUUUCUGUUCUUAGUUUUUAUCAGAUGGAGCCUUCAGAGAAUGAGUGGUCUGGAAGUCUCAAGUUCAGAUGGUAUUGCAGAAGAUAGAAAGCGAUUCCCUUUGUCCUGCUUCAGGAUCUAGGCGGGGAUGGACAACACAAAUUUCGGUGCAGGGGGUUGCCUUUGAUGCACAUACUGAUCUAUCCAAACAUCUUAUUAAUAUGCACAUCCAGAGUAAGGCAUGAGAUUCUGUUCUUACAAGCUCCCAGCUAAAGCCUGAUUUGAUGCUCUGCUCAACACAUCUCUAAAUGACAAGGACUUAAAAAGGGACCUUAGGAAGUUUCGAAUCUUUUAUACACAUCAAUGUGGUGAUUAUGAUUUUCUAAGAAUUUAUAACUUAAAUUCACAAACGGCAACAUAGGAUAACAAAAAGUGCAGUGCCUUUUAAUUGGACCUAUAAAAGCACUGAGCUAAUUCCUAACUGAACAAAUACAGGAUAAUUAAGGCAGAGCAUGAAGCCCCUAAUGGUAUUUAUGAGUUUACAAUGGUAGUUUGCAAUAUUUGGCUAUGUGUUAGAAAUAAUAUUUUAUAAAUAAUGAGUCCCACUGGGUCUCCCUUCCAGAGGGUUCCGAGUCAGCUGACUUGGGGUGGGGCUUGCUGUUCAGUAUGUUUGGAAGCUUCUAGGUGAUUAUGAUGCAGAAUUGAGACUGAGAGCCAUUUUGAGCGGUUUACAGAUGUAUUUCAGUUGAUUCUUAAUUCCACAAAGCCAUGGAGAGGUAAGGAAUUGAUGCUCAGAGAAGAGCCCACCUGGCACCAGGCCUGUAGCCAGUAAAUAGCAAAGAGCGACCUGAGGCUGGGUCUCUUGGUUCUGAGCUACACAGCCCCACCUGCUCUCUCUACCCUGUCGUUUGAAGCUGUACCAAGGAUCUAUUUUCCUCUGAGCCUCAGAUGAUGUUACAGCGUGCUUGCCGAAGCAGCUUCAUUCAGGAACAAACAGCACAUCCCAAUUCAUUUCGCUUUUGAGCCUUUUAUUUCCUGAGGUAGAAAUGUAAUAACCAUUUCUUGACAGGAAUUGUGGGCCAGAUACACAUAAAAAAUAUUAAGACAUGAUUCAACAUCAGGGACAUUGCCCGGGAGGGAGGGAGGGAGGGCUUGUACACAACUGACUGUAGACUCAGCCGGGGCACAUCUUCAAAUGCUCUUUUAGUUGAGGGCAGAGAACUAAGAAAAAUGAAGAAAGGAAUCAUAGAAGCAUGCAUGGCAUUUGAAUAGAGUCUGUAGAGCUGACAUUUUGGCAGGUAGGGAUUUGGAAAGCAGAGAACAUCACUAGGUGACACACAAAAGGGAGAGAGAAGAGUAAGCUAGACGAGAAUUUUCAAAUCUGAUCGGAACUGUGCAUCAGGAGGAGAAGCUGGGACCCAGGGGAGGGGAGUCUGCAGUUGGGAUGACAGGUAGGAGGGUUUGGCUUUGGGUAGAUGAGGUGACAGAAUCCAGAGGAGGCUGUGAAAAGGAGACCAGCUGACCAGGUGCUGACCAGGUGGUGGACUCAGCUGUUUGUUGAUUGUCUUUGUUGGAGAGGAGUGGAAGGAGUUCACAGCUAGACUCAUGAGAGAACAAUACUGAUAAUAAUACUGAAAUGAAGGGAAGAUGCAAACGCCCUCUAGGAUUUUUGACUUGUCCUAGAUGUGCCUAGGUACACACACUGGUAUUUGUUCCCAGUUCUCUGUCAUGUCUCCGCAGCGACUUCUUCCUCGUCACCUGCCCUUGUUCUUCCACCUGUUCAUUUAAACUGGCCUUAGUCCUUGGUCACCAACUUAUUUGGUACUGCUUCUGUCACCAAUACCUCCGUUUUCAUUAGGGGCACCUCGUUCAAUAUCUUCUGCUUUGGGUUGCACUAAGAUGACCUGAGGAGCUUCGUUUGUUUUUUAUUUUUGUUUCUAUCCCAUGUUGAAUAGUAAAUCCCAGGCUGGAAAAGAUUGGUGACUUCCUUGUAUGCAUAUCACAGGCCUUUGAAAAAAAUCAAGUACGGAAUCUUACCCAAUAGGGAUCCUAUCCAAUGGGUCCAUGGCUUAGGAAUGUUUCAAGGGGGAUGCCAGGACAAUCUUUAGAUGCAUUUUCGCUUCAGGAGGCAGAUAUGACAUGGUAGGAGAGUACAUUUGAGUUGUCAACAGUCUCUGCAGUGUCAGGUCAAUUACAUCAGCACUUGAUCUAGACCAGAGGAAAGGAAUGAUUGUGCCUCCUGGGAAUGUCACAAGGACCUGAUAAUUAUACUUGGCAAAGCUAUGAGGAGUGGCUCUCUAAUGUCAUUGCUAAGAAUUACCCUUUUAGUAGCAUUUCUGGAUGCCUAAGCUUUUCAGAGGGAUGGUACUUCAUAUCUGUGCCUUCCCCCCUGCUGGGCCUCUUCCUGGGUGGGUGGUUCUCUUACUCCUCCCUGCCCUUGCUAGCUGUCUGUAUUCUCUUGUCUUCCCUCCAAACCCCAUCCCCACUCCUAACCUGCCUUCUGCCCUCACAAUAGCUUUCACUCUCCCAUGGUAGAGGUGGAAGGUGUGAGGAUGCUCAUCCUGUGGAUGCUCAGAGGGCAGCUCCCUCGGCACCUGAGGCAGCCUCAGGACAGAUUAGUUGAUUUAUUUCCAUGCUGCAGUCGCUACCUUUGUCUACCUUUGUGUUCGUGGGACUCAAGAGUCAUGGGAAAGGUGACCAGGAACCUGUGACGGCAACCAAGUCUUUCCCAAUUGUGCCAUAUAUUAUGCUCUUCAACACAGUUUACUAAUUUCUGCCUCAGUUUCUCCACCUGUACGUGAUGUAAUACUUAUCUACCUCCCUUGGAUGUUGUGAAGAUUAGUAUGUGUUGGCAAAGCACUUCUGAAAUAAAGACUGAUACCAAGCACUUGA